AUGUACUGUGGCUAUGUCAAAUAAUUAGUUUAUAUUGGAAUUGAAUAUCUUUAAUGUGUAAUAGACUGCUGUAAUAUAAUUAUUAAUUAAUAAUGGACUACCUAGUGAAUAUCAACUGGAACAAAAUCACACCAUGCCUUGUCUUAUUAGUGCUAGAAAUAGUAUUAGAAUUUUCAGACUGCGCGACUCCUGCGGAAGUUAACAAGCACCUGGAGCUUGGUCGAGAUUUCUUAGCACGGGGUCAACUAUCAGACGCUUUGACGCAUUAUCAUGCGGCUGUCGAGGGGGACCCACACAAUUACCUCACAUACUUCAAGCGGGGUACAGUGUACUAUGCACUUGGUAAAGCCAAGUUUGCCCUACAGGACUUCACAAAGGUGUUGGAGCUAAAAGCUGACUUUACAUCAGCGAGGCUGCAGAGAGCCAAUGUCUACCUCAAACUGGCCCAGUACAGAGAAGCCAAGGAGGAUUAUUUACAAGUUAGCCAGGAAGACCCGUACAACGAGGAGGCUGUGGCGCAGUACCACAAGAUCGACGAGUACAUAGACGAUCUCCGGUUAGCGGAGGCGUACUUCCGCGGGGCCGACCACCGCGCGGCCGCCGAGCUGGCGUCGCGGCUGCUGGAGGUGUCCCCGUGGGCCGCGCACGUGCGCCAGCUGAGGGCGGAGGCCUACAUCGCACUGAACGACCUGUUCUCUGCCGUGUCGGACAUCCGGUCGGUGAACCGGCUGCAGCAGGACUCCACGGACGGGUACUACCGGCUCGCCACGCUGCUCUACCAGCUCGGACACGUCAGCGACGCACUCAAGGAAAUUCGAGAGUGUCUAAAACUAGACCCAGAGCACAAGAAAUGUUUCCCGUUCUACAAGAAAGUCAAGAAAGUGGACAAGCUGCUCCUGGAGUGCGAGGAGCUGAGUGAGGCUCGAGACUUCACCGGCUGCCUUGCCAGCGCUAAUAAGGUGCUCAAGGUGGAAGAUGAGGUCACGCUGGUCGUCUUCGAGGCCAGGAAGUGGCUUUGUAGCUGUUCCGUCAAGGAGGAGGUGUACUCGGAAGCUGUGGCAGCUUGCGGGUCGGCGCUGCAGCUGCAGAGAGAUGCUCGCAUUCUGUGCGAUCGGGGAGACGCGCUGCUCGGACUUGACAUGUUCGACGACGCAAUCCAGUCGUUCAAAGAAGCUCUAGAGUUAGAAGAAGGUCUGCAGCGAGCCAAGGAUGGACUGAGCAGAGCACAGAAGAUGCAGAAACAGUCUGAACAGAGGGACUACUAUAAGAUAUUAGGAGUUAAAAGAACGGCGAGUAAGCAGGAGAUAAUAAAGGCGUACCGGAAGGCCGCGCAGAAGUGGCACCCCGACAACUUCCAGGGCGAUGAGAAGAAGCUGGCGGAGAAGAAGUUCAUUGACAUCGCCGCCGCUAAAGAGGUGUUGACGGACCCCGAGAAGCGCGCCCAGUUCGACGCCGGGUCGGACCCGUUGGACCCUGAGUCGCAGCGCGGCGGACAGGGACCCUUCCACAACCCGUUCCACCACUUCCAGCACGGGAGCCCCUUCCAGUUCAAGUUCCACUUCAACUAGACGACCUAAGGCGACCUGCGCUGCCGGCACCAUGCCUUACCACGGUCGAUGAGCUCGUACAUUAAUCACGUGAGGCACGAAAAGGCCUUUUAAGGUUCGGUUAAAGACACGAAAUAUUUGAAAAA